UGAAUCAUCCCACUCCUUGCUGCGUGAGGGCGGAGAAGGGAUCCAUGAAACUGCUAUCUUUUGUUCCUUAUAAUAACUCUCUUUUUUUCUCUCUCUCUCCACCAUAAGAUGUAGCUGCCCUGCCCACUUAACUGCCAACUUCAUUGAACCAUUGGCAUUUUAACUUACCAAAAAUAUUUCACCACUCGUUACCAAGAAGUAAACCAUACAAAUCCCACCCCUGUUCUUCCAAACCAUACAAAUCCCACCCCUGUUCUUCCCUAGAAGAACAAUGAUGCCUUCGGACAGGGGUGCAUGACAAUAUCACUUCAUGACAAGACAAUCAUAUGAUUAUUGUAGCCACUGCAUCCACAGCUCUUGGAUUCUCGAACCGGUGCGUGACUGCUGACGCCAUCUUCGUCGUCCCUAAUCCCCAUACCAAGCCCAACAUUGACCAUCUCCUUUCCCUUUCACCCAUGUCACCAUUAAAUCUCAACAAGGCCAUCCUUUCAUAAUUGGCUUGUGACCACCAAUGUUUAACAACCAAAUUACUUGCAACGGAACGCCUGCCUCCUUCCCUACAAACUUCUUGCUGCCCCAUGAAGAGAGCCACCAGCCCCCAACUCUUAGUCCCCUGCUACCCACCAAUCCACAGGACUUCAGAGGUGCGGCCACAAUGCUGGGGAAGAGGUCCAUGUCAUUCGCCGGCGUCGAAGCCUGUGAGGAGAUGAAUGCAGAGGAUGAGCUCUCCGAUGAUUGCUCGCAGGUGGGGGAGAAAAAGAAGAGGCUGAAUUUGGAGCAGGUGAGGACUCUGGAGAGGAAUUUUGAGAUGGGGAGCAGGCUGGAGCCAGAGAGGAAGAUGCAGUUGGCCAGGGUUCUCGGGCUGCAGCCUAGGCAGAUUGCCAUAUGGUUUCAGAACAGGAGGGCCAGGUGGAAGACCAAGCAAUUGGAGAAGGACUAUGAUUCCCUCAAGAGGCAGUUUGAGGCUGUCAAAGCUGAGAACGAUGCUCUCAAAGCCCACAACAGGAAACUUCAGGCUGAGAUCUUGGCACUUAAAGGAAGAGAAGGAACUGAGCCCAUCAACCUGAAUAAAGAAACUGAGGGCUCUUGCAGCAACAAGAGUGAGAACAGCACUGACGUCAACUUGGGUAUCUCAAGAACACAAGCCACUGAUGGCCCUUCAAAUCCCCAAGAAAGCAGGUCAUUUCUUGCAUAUAGAUCCCCUGGUGCUGCUCAUCUCCUCCAGAGCUCCUCCAAAGCAGAGACCCAAGGCCCCAAGAUGGAGCAUGGCAUCCAAGAGGAGAACUUUAACAUGUUCUGCAGCAUAGAAGAUCAAACUGCCUUCUGGUCAUGGUCAGAGCAGCACAACUUCCAUUGACACAUUCAGCUAUGCUCCUCUGGUCAUCCAUUGAGAACUGCGCGGUUCAUCAUUCUCCGCAUGCGCGACAAAUUUGCCGGUUGGUCACGGUCAUAACUUAGCGUUUUCCUUCACUUUGGGUGUUUGAAGAACGAAGCUGGUGAAAAAAUUGAACCUUGGAAGGAGGUGCUGGGGGAAUAAGAAGUUCUUUGAAGCUAGUCUCCAUCUUUUCUUCCCCAUACUACUACGACAUUUUGGGCAGCUGUUUUGAGAUGGACCUAGUUUAUAUAUGUUUUGGGCGAUGGUCCUUGGCUCCUCCAUGGACCAUGAAAUAAUGGGUAUUUUUCUCCAUAUACUGGCGUCCUCCUUUAUGCUCGCAAAGGAAGAACAUGUGGGUACUGAUUCAAGUGUUUGAAGAAACUCUGGCGGAUAUAAAGUUCAGCUAUGCAGCUACUAUAAACAGUCAAAAGAAGAAGAAAGGCUACUUUCUACUCGGUUAUAACUUAUAAGAAAGAGAGAGAGAGAGAGAGAGAGAGAGAGAUAUAUUAGUAGCGAUUCUGGUUGCUUAUAGAAGAUAUAUAAUGUUCCUCUUGCUAAA